CACCAAAAUACUACACGUUGGUACUACCGUGUCCGUCUGUACCCAGAUCGGAAGCCAAUCAGCUAACUCGACAGAGUCUGGGCACCACACAAUCCCCUGUCCUUCCUACGCCGAGCCGGUGCAUGUACCAGACUGUUCCGAUUCGAGCUUCAAUUGGCGAAUGUCAUACAUAAAGCAGCCGUAGUAGCCGUCUCGGUCUCACCGCUGUCGCGAGACCAUUUUUAUGGCUUUGUAUUGAGCCCACACACCCAGCAUUAGAAAUGACGAGGGGUUUUUGUCCAUCUACUUUGACUCUGAGAGUCUUGUUCCUGCUCGGAGUAGUUCAUGGGCUGUACAUCAUUGGUUAUCCUUCGUCCAAUGCUAGAGUUGGCUACACUUACACGAUCGAGUAUACUCCAGCCAGCAACACGCCAACGACGUUUGCCCUCAUACGAGGUGCUAAUGAAGAAAAUGUAUCCAUCAUUGCAACAUCGGUGACCGGCGGCUCUUUUACUUGGACAAUACCGGAAAAUCUUAUGGAAUAUGGAGCCUACUAUCUCAAAGCUGAGCAAGAGGGAGCUGGGAAGUCUUACUCAAGAGCUUUUCCGAUUUCAGGAGGUCCCCCAAACACGAUGUCCUUCUCAGGCUUCAUGUCUGCUACGGCUCCAGCAAUACAACCUACAGGCUCUUCCGCUCUACCAACCGAGUCCGCCACGGCGCACAGCACCAACAACAGCGGACUCAGUACGGGUGCAAAAGCUGGUAUCGCUGUGGGAGCUGUGGGAGCUGCUUCAGUGUUGGCAGUAUUCGCUUUUCUGCUGGGCAGGUGCGCAGGCAAGAACCCUAAAUCAGGUCCGAGUCCUGAGCACAUGGACGAAAACAGCAGUCCUAGAAGUCAGCAGCAGCCAAUCUAUAGCAGUCACGCUGAAGCAGAACUAGAGCAAGAGAAACGAUAUGUCGAAAUGGACACACACCGCGUACCCCGGGAAGUCCAAGGCAACGGUGCCAGUGCCGUCACGUAGCGGCCAGCUUGAAGGAUUGCAGGCGGUGUCUGAGGACGCAUUGAGGUUUGCGAAGACGUGGAUGAACAGGUGUUAGCAGCCUACACACUGAGCGUCACGCCUUGUCGGCUCUUCAUUGGUCGAGAUCGAUCGUUUGGAGAAGGGUAAAAGUUGUCAAUUCGAUUGCCGAUCUGGUCUGUCAGGCUAGCCUCUCCGGGUAUAACACGUCAUGUUAUCCAUCGGGCUGCAUGACGUCGGGU